AUGCUGCACUUGUUGUUCAGGUGGGCUCUGCCCCGGGCCAUGCUCCUGCUACUGCUAGGUUCCCAGCUCCUAGUGACUCCUGGGUCAAGAUCUGAAGAGGAAGCAGAGAAUAAAUACCAAAAUGCCAUGCGAAGCUACUUCCUUGGUACAGUGGAGUAUGCCUUACAUAUCUUCAACUUGCAAAGCAAUGACACAAGGGCCUACAGGCUGGUGCGCAUCCUGAAUUCCAGGAGGGAGCUGUCAUUGGAGAAGAACACUAUGGCGUUCUCCAUGGAGCUGCAGCUUAGAAGAACAAGAUGUGGAAAAUUUGACGACGACAUUGACAACUGUCCCUUUCAAGAAAGUUCAGGGCAGAACAACAUCAUCACCUGCUUCUUCAUCAUCAGCACUGAGCCCUGGAAUACAGAGUUCGAACUCUGGAACAAGACCUGCUUGGAGGGGCACCUGCAUGGCUCAGUUGGCUAA